AUGGCUUCAGAAGAACCAUCAUCAGUCUCUUUUUCUAUGCGAAGAGCUGAACUUCUAUCUUCAAUGCUGCAGUUACCUGACUCCGGCGACGGUAUCGACGAAACAACGAACGGUCUUAUAGACAGUUUACAAGCGCAUGUCACGAACAUUCUGCAAAGAAACAGUAAUAAGAUCGCAAACUUCACGGUUAUUGAGAAUCGAGAGAAAAGGAUAAACUUAAAUGAAGAUUCUCCACAAGCACAAUGUGUUAUCUCUCAAACUCGAUACUUGUUGGAUAAUUUUGCUGUAUUUCGUCAGGUUUUUGCACGAAAGGCUUCCGAUCCAGACUUCGAUUCUCUCAACACGAUUGCCUGCGAGUCUUCGACAAUCAAAGCCCAAAAGUUGAUAAAAGAAAGACACAUCUAUCUGGAAGAACUCAUGCGCUGCGACCUUAUCACAAGAGGUGAUGGCUAUGAGGCUAUCAAGAGACUUGAACCAGCAACAAUUAUCAUUCAUCUUCGAUAUUGGCACACAUGGCUGUCCAGGAAAAACUUUCCAGAUCUUUCGGAUGACGAACUGCAAAUUUCUCUGACCGUUGCAAACGCCUUUGGCGCAGAUUUUCCAUUGAUAGAAGUUGUCGCUAAAGAAAGUGGUUUACAAAUGCCAAUUGAUGAUGCUGGUAAAUCUAGGAAGGGAAAUCAUAAAAAAGCGUCUGGAAAGAGGAAAAGAUCCAUCGGAGAAAGUUGUGAGAGUGUUGCAAGCGAUGUAUUAACCCGGUCUACUGAGAAGAUUGUUGAAAACCCUCGGUGUGAAGCUCCUAAAGCUAUCUCUGCCUCAUCCAGUGAGUCACAGACAGAUGAGUCUCUGUCUGUCAUUAAAAACGCCGUAGUUAAAUUAGAAUUGCCUCCACCAAUAGGAGCGAUCGAGGGUCUUAACUUUGUUGUCAUACUGAAAACAGAUUUCCCAACCGAUCAACAGGAGGAGCUAUCAAUUGAGAACUGGGGCAAGACUUACACACCGGAAUACAUAAGAUGUUUCAAGACAAAUCUUCUUAGUAGUGCACCUCGUCUCCACUACUUCCUCAAUGCUCGGCAAACGGGCUCCGGGGAAAGUGUAGAUGAUUCUGGAAUUCCAGUAAGCGAUGGCCAUGUGUGGGAUCCGAUACAAAGUGACAUCAAGAAACUAUACAGCAAAUUUCCAAUUUUGUAUUAUGAUGAGGUUAUUUCCGACUUUGGUGAAAGCUGGGAUGGAUGGAAGGAAUUAGACCCUUGGAUUCAGGGGAAAACGGGCCAAGAUGUAUUAUGGCUAGCGGUCCAAUUCUGGCUGCUUUUUACGGAGCGCAACGGGGCAGGGGAUCCACCUCAGCGUACCAGAGAAGAAAUGGCACUAAAGGAAGAUUUAGUUUGGGCAGUGGGUAAAUGGCUGGGGGCAGAUUACAAAAUCCUCAGACGCUUCCAUGUUUCCUGGGGCACGAAGAUGAAGAGCGAUGAUCCGAACAACAAAACACGAAAGACUACCCAUGGUUUUAAAGGCUCUGGAUAUUACAAGAAUAAGCGUGGGCCCAAUGAUCCAUUGAGGUUUGGCAAAUAG